UGCACACAAUGCUGCAAGUGGUUUUUAGCGAAGUAGAUCAGGAUCCAGAGAUAGAUAGUGUGUAGCGGCGCGAGUGCCACUUUUGUUAUCGUUAAUGAAUGAUCAAUAUACCUACUUACGAGUGAAUAGUGGAAGCAGAAAAAAAAAUGCAGCAAGCACAUGUGGUGUGGGCUGAAAAAAAAUAGAAAAAAUAGAAACCCUAAUGAAUAUGAGAACAAUAUAACGGCAAGUGGUGUAGGGUUUUGUGGGAUACCGAUGCGCUACGUUGCUGGGACGACCGACCGACCAGUGAUGGAGGUAGCACUGUCCGUAGACGAAGAAAGUGCCCUAACGCUGUAUGAAGAACUAGAAAGGACGGACAUCAACACCCUCAACCUAAACGUAGACUGCUGUUGCGGGUUGCUACGAACUUCUCCCUUCCAUCAACCAAAAUCCAAAUCAAAUUCCCGAGAGAGACUGCGGGCCGACUCUGGAGUAUCCUGUGACGAUGCCGAACAUGCCGACAACUGUUCGCAGACCUUAGAGCACAACAAUGACAACGACGACUGCCAAGAGAGUGAUCACCACGAGUCUAGCUGUCUUCGCCAUAGCCACGAGCACCUUUGGCAGAAGCCUUCGGAUCAACAAGCCACGGGCUCCCGUAGCAAAUCUAGUCUAGCGCGGCGAAACGACCGCUACCAGAGUUUCGGUCUGCUGCAAUCGAACAUUCUGAACAGCUUUCAACUGCAGAACUUUCGACGGAAAAACGGCAGCCCGUACGACUCGGCCAAUUCCUCCGGGCAAACCAGCUACAGCUCUACUACCUCCAGCAUGAUAGAAGAUAUCUCCAAUAAAAUCGAAGAAAUUGGCAAACUAGACACCAACAUUCAUUCGCUAAUGUACAAAUCCGUUGAGGUGCAUAACGACAUUUUGUCACUGGAAGCAACCACCAAUCGAUUGCUGGCGGACACACGGCAGCUGUGCGAGGAUCUCGAUGACGUUCGCUACCUGGAUGACUUAAUAACAAUUCUCAAUGGCGACAUUGGCCCAGUAAUUCAUCGAGAAUGGCCCUACCGUAUCCUGUUCGAUACGCCCAUAGAGGAGGGGACUGCUGUUACGUGACCAUUAGGUGACUCCUAGCGAAGUCCUGAAUUUAGAACACAUUUCGGUAAUGUGGUAGGUUGUUGGGGAAUGGACCGGAAAGAAGCAAUAGAAAGUUACCAAUGACGAAACCGCUCUACCACCAGUAAUAAUCCAUUGUAGCCAAAGAACUCCAGCAGGGAUAGCAGCAGAGAAACAGUCAAAACAUUACACCAAACGUAUGUGUAAAUACAUUGUUAAACUAAUGCCAAUGAA